AUGGAAAUCGAAAACGUACAUUGCUUUGCUCAUCAGCUUCAGCUCACGAUUGUUGCUGUUGCUAAAAAACAUAAAAUUGUCGAAUCUUUUUAUAAUUCUAUCUCUCGUUUGUGUAAUACUGUUGGAGGUUCUUGUAAGCGCAGAGAUAUACUUCGAGAGAAACAGAGAGAGAAUAUUAUUAAAGAGAUUGCAAGUGAUGAAAUAAGCACAGGAAGAGGACUAAAUCAAGAAAUGUCAUUGAAGCGACCUGGAGAUACUCGUUGGAGUUCACAUUACGGUACUCUUGUCAACUUGAUACAUUUAUAUUCUUCUAUUGUUGAUGUUCUUGAGUAUGUUGAGGAGAAUGGUCAUGACGAUUCAAUAAGGGCUGAAGCUGAUGAUGUGCUAGAAAUUAUAAAUAGUUUUGAGUUUGUCUUUGUGUUACAUCUUAUGAAGCAAAUCUUGGGAAUCACACAUGAACUCUCCCAAGUGCUACAAAAGAAAGAUCAAGACAUUGUUAAUGAUAUGAAUCUUGUCAAGGUAGCAAAAUCACGUCUGCAAAUAAUGAGGGAAAAAGAUUGGGAUGUAUUGCUUGCUGAUGUUUCUAAGUUUUGUAGCAAAUAUGAACUGGAUGUGCUUGACAUGGAAGAUGAGUUUGUAGCUCGAAAAAAAGGAAGACGUAGAGCUGAGAAAAUGAAGAAUCUCCACUAUUAUCGAGUUGAGCUCUUUUGUUCUGUUAUUGACUUGCAAGCUCAAGAGUUGAAUCAACGUUUUGAUGAAGUCAACACAGACUUAGUUUUAUGCAUGUCAUGUUUUGAUCCUAGGGAUUUAUUUUCUGCAUUUGAUUUGGAGAAGCUGCUUCGUCUUGCACGGUAUUAUCCUUCUGAAUUUUCUGAAGUUGCUUUGUCCGAGCUUAAAAGUCAACUUGAGAACUUUAUUUUCGAUGUGCGCAUAGAUGAAAAGUUUUCACAAAUAUCAGGAAUCAGUGGUCUUGCUCAAAAGAUGGUUUCUACAAGGAAACAUGAAGUUUUUCCAAUGGUUUAUUCAUUAGUUAAGUUGUCAUUGAUCUUACCAGUUGCCACUGCAUCAGUAGAAAGAGCCUUUUCAGCAAUGAAGAUCAUCAAGACUUCUCUACCGGUUUCAGAAGAUGAAGAAUAG